UCGAUGCCAUUGACAACGAAAAUAAAGUCGAUGACUAAUGACACUUAACAAAUAACCUAAAACAUCUUGAAUUUGGUUUAUGUAUUUUCAUAAAAAAAUGUUUAAAAUAACUUUAUGCUUCCUAUUCAUUUAUUUCACUGUAGCUCGGACUAGUAACCUAGAACAUGAUGGAUCUGCUUUCAUUAAACUGCAGCACUCCCUAAUAUUCGAUAUAAAUCCUGUAUGGACUGAAAGGGGAAACAUAUCAAUACAAAGUUUACGUCUGGGUCAAGCCAUUGUUAAUCAAAAACCUUUAACUCUUGAAGUGCAAAAGAAGUUACAGGAUUUAGCAGCAAGAAAUAGUUUUUACCAGAUAAAAUCUACAGUUACAGAUAAUGAUGGUUCGGAAAGAUCAUUUAUAUCAACAGUCAAAGCUUGUAUGCUAGCUGAAUCUGAGCUGGAUGACAGACUAUCUGUGUCUUUGGACUACAUGGGUAGGAUCAUAGGAGUGUCUUUAAUUGUAGCAUCGAAAUCUACAUGCGAAGGGGCAAUAGUACCAUUAGAAAAGCUGAAAACGUUCUCCACAAGUGUUUACGUACGACACUCUGAAACUGGGCCUAUACCAGAUACUGCUACUUUCAUCCAAAAACUAGAACGAGAAAGAGAAGCCAAAGAAAAAGGAGAAGGCAAAGAUAACAGAUCAUUUUUAGCAAAAUAUUGGAUGUAUAUAGUUCCUUUACUGAUUUUCAUGGCCAUAUCUUCAGCAGCCAAUCCUGAUUCGACUCAGACUCAAUAAAAUAGUUUCUGAUUAGUUGCGUAGAUGUAAUUUAUUAAUAAAAUUGUUAUUCUUU